AUUGAGAAAUCUGAUCCUGAAAGAAAUCGCGGGGCCAGCGCCAGGACCAGAAUUCGCGGGACCAGAAAUCGCAGGGCCAGAUAUCGCGGGCCCAGAAAUCGCGGCCCCACUGGGCAGGCAUGGCUGGCCCGCCGCUUCUCCCCCAGUACGCCAGCAAAAAGUGGCGCUGGAUCUGGGGGCCCACGCAGCAUGGUGGCGAUGCUGGCUGGUCGCAGCAAGCAAUUCCAGUGCCGGCUCGUAGAUUGGACUUUUUGAUCGAAGAAUUGGACUUUUUGAUCGAAGGAUUGGAGGGGGUUGUACAAUUGGUGGGCGCGGCUGGAUGGGCGUGGCUGGGCAUUGAUGGACAUGGCUGGAGGGAAUGCAACUGCUUAUGAUGGCAACACGCUGCACGCCGCCUCCAUCUUAUGAAACCGUAGCCUGGCCCCGUCUAAGCCUCCUGCCGGUGUUCUCCCAGUUCCCAGGUUUGUUCUUUCUCCUCUGUCUGGCCG